AUGGUGUCCGACGGCUCUGGUCCUGCCGCUUCUGGCCCUGCAGCCACGGCCGACUGGGCUUUCGAGGUCGGAAAGGCGUUCGCGUCGCAGUACUAUACCGUGAUGCACACGCAACCGCACGACGUGCACAAGUUCUACGUCGACGAGAGCAAAUUCACACGCGCCGAGCGCCUCGGCAUUCCCGGGGAAACCGUGACGACCAUGCAGGGUAUCCACACCAAGGUGAUGUCGUUGGAUUCAUGCGAAGUCAAGGCGGAGAUCAAAUCCGUGGAUUGCCAAGAAUCUCUCUCCGGCGGCGUUCUCGUGGUGGUAACCGGCGCGCACUGUUACAGCAGCUCUUCGGGCGGCCCGGGCGAGCGCCGCGGCUUCGUGCAGAGCUUCUUCCUCGCGCCGCAGCAGAACGGCUUCUACGUCCUUAACGACAUCUUCCGGUUCCUAGAAGACGCGCCGCCGCCGCAGCCGCCCGCCGUAGUUAAACAUGCGGUCGGCGGCGGGACUAAGUCGGCGGCGUCCGCCCCUGGAUCUGGUGCAGCUGCUGCAGCUGGGAGUGGGUCUCAGGCAGGUCUGGUGAACGGGCACGCGGCGGAUCAAGCAGCGGGAUCGCGGGAGGUUACAUCUGUGGAUCACGCCGUGCGAGAUGUAACGGUCGACGAGGCGUCCCAAGCGUCCGCGGCUGCCGCCGCGCCCAGCGCCGCAGCCGGCGGAGCCGGUGCUCCCCCGGCCGCGGACGACGGCGCAGCAGGGGAGGAGGUUCAGGUGAUCCGGGAGGUGCCUGAAUCCGUUGUUUCCGUGAAUCAGGGUCAAGGGCAGGGUCAAGGGGCGGGAGCGGGAGCCGCCGCAGCAGCGGCCGAAGCGGAGAAGGCGGAACCUUCGGUUGUGUCUUCCGCCCCGGUUUCCGCGCCUGCUGUCCUUCCGAGUCCUGCGGGCGGGGAAGCGGCUGCGGGAGUGGCGACUCAAGCGCCAGGGGCAGCAGCGUCAGCUGUAGCACAAGCUGUAACAACGGCACCCACAGCAGCAGCAGCACCGUCCGCUGUAGCGGUAGCGCCUGUAGCAGCUGUAGCUCCAGCGGCGGCGGCAGCACCAGCUGUAGCGGCAGCUCCUGCGGCUGCGGCUGCGUCCGAUGAACCCGCACCCAAGAAGUCGUAUGCGUCUAUUCUGCAAGCCAUGCGCGCGCAAUCCGCAGCUGCCUCACCCGCAGGCGCAUCCGCGGGCGCAGCUUCCGCGCCUGGCUCCGCCACUCCCCCCGCAGCUGCACCCCUGGGGGUGGGCGCGCCCAGGCAGCCGCCACUGCUCCCUGCCGCGGCGAUUGGGGGCGCGGGAGCGUUUGGGGGGCAAGAGGCAGCACCGUCUCAGGCAGCAGCUGGGUUUUCUGCUGGUUUGCUGGCCUCUGCUCCUGGGUUCGCUGCUGGUGCUGCUGGUGGGGCGUCAGAGGAUACCAAUGCUGCUGACGAAGCUGCAGGGGAGGGCCGCGCUGUGUUCGUGCGCAACCUGCCAGUGCGCAUCACGGCCAAGGAGAUUGCAGAGCACUUCAGUCAGUUCGGGGCAGUGAAGGCCGACCGUAUUCAAAUCCGAGGCAACAAGGCCAACAACCCCGCCACUGUGUACGCGUUUGUGGAGUUUGAGGAACCUGCAGCAGCACAAGCAGCAGUGGAGAAACAAACGAUCAUGGUGGGGAAUUUCCAGGUGAAGAUCGAGGAGAAGAAGGCUUCAAGCACUAACCGAGGCUCAUACCGUCGCACAGGAGGCGGCCGGGGUGGCUCGGAUCGCCAAUUCCGCGACGGCAGCAGCAACUUCACCGGUGCUGCUGCUGCUGCUGCUGCUGCUGGUGCUGGUGCACGUUGCUGUCCUCGAUUCGACCGAUUGUUUCCUUCUGGCUCGCCAUGCACCACUCUCGAAGAGCUAUGGAUCACCAACUGCGGGGAACUCGAGCGUUUUCCUAACGACGUUGCCACGCUGUUGCCAUCUCUUCGCAUUUUAAGCCUGGAUCAAUACUCUAUUAAUGCGCAGCUGCCUGAAGAGCUUGAGCUUCUCUCCCUAACCCGUCUCGAACUUCUAAAAAUUUCCAACUGUAAGGGGUUAUUCAGCCUGCCCGAAGACUUCGGAUGCCUGACUGCCCUAAAGACUUUGGUUCUGGAGCGCCUUCCACUCGAAGACCUCCCUCAAUCCCUCUGCCGUCUCUCGUCACUGAAAACGCUGUUUUUGAUUCGUUGCCCGGCAAUUCGCGAAUUGCCGGUGGGGUUCUGCUGCCUGACAGCUGUCAAGACGCUGUGGCUCGUGGAGUUGCCUCAGAUCAUGCUUCCAGCGGGUAUUGAAGGGUUUAAACAGCUCCAGACUUUUUACCUGAAUGACAAUCAGACGCAGCAGCUGCUUCCAUCAUCUUUCACUCAACUCUCUUCCCUGACGCGGUUGGAGCUUAAUAGCUGCUCGCUUCUUAAACUUCCGGAGGACAUUCAGAAGCUAAGAAGCUUACGAGAAUUGUUCAUCAUUUCCUGCCAGAUUGAGGAGCUUCCAGAGUCGUUAACGGGCAUUUCUGGCCUUGAAAUCCUGACCGUUAAUCGCUGCGAACGGCUCCAUGCAGUACCAUCGAAGCUGGAAUCUUUGUCAAGGCUUGAAGUGCUGAAGUUUGAGGAAUGUGAGAACCUGACGGAAUUGCCUGAAUUCCUGCCACAAUCUCUUGAGGAGCUCAACCUUGGGAACUCCAGAAACGUCACACCUCUGUCGAAUGUCACCGUGCUGCCAAAACUGAGGAGGUUGGACCUGAAACUGGUUGAAGUUGCGUGGGCCGUGACAGCCAGCAAGGGCUUAUCUCGUCUGGAGCAUCUGCACCUGGAAUCAUGCAACACCAAGAAGCUUCCGUUCCCGUUGGCCUACCUUUCCCAGCUUCGUACCUUGACCAUUGGGAGUGCUUGGAGGGUAGAGGCGCUUCCGGACUUUGGGUCGUCAAUGGUGCAGCUGCGGCAGCUGCGUAUUCACCAAGCCAAUGAGCUGAAGGAGCUUCCAGCAAGCAUUGUGGAGCUUCCGCGUUUGACGACUCUGGAGGUUCAUGCUGCGAAGCUGGUUUCUCUUCCCAAGAAUCUGGGUGCUUUAUCCAGGCUGCAAGAGCUGAACCUGUCCAAAUGCUCCGCACUAGAGCAUCUGCCUGCUUCUGUGACAAAGCCCGCCUUUCUUUGUCGCCUGGAUGUGGAAGACAGCCUGAUCCGCUCACUGCCGCCUGGGUUUGAGCGGUUGGCCAGGCUCCAUUCACUGAACCUGAAGGGCUGCAAGCAGCUGGAAUCCCUGCCUGAGAAUUUCACCCAGCUCAAGUCGCUGCGGGACCUUUUUGUGGGGGGGUGUUCUAAGUUACUUGAUGCUGAAGGUUUUGAUUGGGUGGCAGCGGAGUGCGGGGAGGAGCACAGGAGGCGGGCAAAGGUCCUGUGGAAGUGGCUGUAUCGAGAUGCGCACUGGGCUGAGAGCGUCGAUGACAUGGCAGGGGUCAGUCGUUCGUUCCUCUCCCUGCUCGCCUCCUCGGGUGCUCGCUUCUCCUCCCUUCGCCUCCACUCCGUUCGAACAGCCGCCGACGGGACAAAGAAGGUGCUGUUUGAGUUGAGUCGCGAUGCUGACCUGCCUCCCACUGACCGCCCCAGGAGACUAGGCGUGCUUGGGUGUGCCAUGGGGUGUCAGUUCUGCUUCACUGCCAAGAUGGGUCUGCAGCGCAACCUGACAGCAGGGGAGAUCGUGGAUCAGGUGGUUCAGAUUCGCCGCCUCUUCACAGAGGAAGUGGGCCCUGUCACCAACCUUGUCUUCAUGGGAAUGGGCGAGCCGCUACAACAAUUUACCAGCAGUCCUCACGGCAUGCAACACCCUCCUCGACCCUCUGGGCGCCCACUGCUCGCCGGCUCGCACCACCGUGUCAACGUGCGGUCUCGUGCCUGA